AUGUUAACAUUAUAUUUAUGGGUGUCUGGUAUAGUACGUAUUCAAUCGAUUUUAUCACGUAUUUUUCUCUUAUUUCUACCUUAUUGCCUUGGUUCUGGUCUUGUUCAUUUAAUGCAUAAUGAAUUAAUGGCUGAUUCUGAUCCAACAAUGAAUACUAAUCUUUAUGUAAAUCCAUUUUCAAUGACACUUAUUGAUGAUAGAUUUCUAGCAAUGCUUCUAAUUGGUUUUAUUGCAUUAAUUAUCACAUAUAUACUUAAUUUAGAUAUUCGAUUACCAAAUUGUUUUUACAAAAUUUCACCACCAGAAACAUCUAUUGAUAGAGAUGUUAUGGAAGAACGACAUCGAAUUUUAUAUUCGAAUGAAAUAAAUCAUGAUAUAUUAGAAGCAAAAAAUUUAACAAAAUGUUUUCGUCGUGUAACUGGUUAG